AUGUUCAUGCACCCCGUCCAGGCCGCGAUAUCCGACUCUACCGAGACGAAUAUUUUAUUGGGCAAAACCUGUCGCGUGUUUCUUUCUUACUCAAUAUUCCAGUCCUCACGACUACUCAAUGAUGAUCUCCCUCUCAAUGCAGCCACUUUUCAACGCUCAACCGCUACUAAGGAGACCCGUCAUCGCACCUCUGCUGCUGCGUCGAUCAUGGCUCAGGUCCUGGCGAGACACUGCGAGUUUGGGAAUGAGGCGACAGCAAUGAUUUCCUCGUUCACGGCAACCGACACUACGAAAGUUUCGCCGAAUCAUAUCUGCAAGAUAUUUGAUAGGUACGCCGGGGCCCGCAACGCACGUCUCAUCAUGAGCAACAUGAUUCCAGACAUGGCGUACCAGGCAGUGGUACCUUAUUGCAUUUGGCAUCCUGAUGUUGCUACCGAGGAGACCUAUCGAAAGCUUUAUUACCGCUACCCAGAGAUGCGUUAUCACAUUGGACGAGCUUGCGCCGUCGCAGGAUAUGGGGAGCUAUACAACGCAUUAGAUCUGCUACCGGAUGUCUCUAUUGCCGAGGAAGCUCGUGAUAAUGGCAAACUCGAUAUUUUUGAGCAUAUCAUGAGCCAAGCUGAGCUUAUCUCAAUGGGGAUACCGCUGUUCGAUUCUCCUUGGAAAUUCAUCGACCAAAAAUGGCCCUCUCACUACUUCAAUAUUCAAGAGGACUCCAACAUCAGCGGUUGUCCUUCGCCGGGGCCUUGUUUCUUCAAGUUACAAGGCGAGUACAUCGCUCUGCUUCACACCCCACUCCCAGAAGAUUUGUCUCCUAUCAACAAGGACAUUUUGAUUCUCACGGCUGCCUGGGACGGCAAUAUUGAGCGUUAUUUUCGCCUCAGACGGCCAAUUGCAGUUCCGAAUGGGAUCACGGCCGUUGUUCGCGGUGCUUACCAUCACACACCAUUUGCGCGAUGGCUCGAAUCAUGCGUUGACGAACUUUUCCCACGCCAGUAUGAAAACAGACUUAUCAGGCAGGCAUACCAUGCGCGGUUCAUCAUGAACGACGAUCUAUCCAGCAUCGAUAGCGAAAUCGACGGCGAAAUGCUUCCGGAGCUAUUCUGGUGGCCUCACUCCCCACAUUCGGACACCUUGCGCGAGCUGGCAUGGCGCCGACCUGACCUAAAACACCAGGAAGAGUGGGAAGCCGCACAUCAUUCUUACAGCGAGUUCUUCAAGGAGACGAUUGAACUGCGGGCGAAAGAAGAGGCGAAGACUAGCAUGGCUGGAGCAUGCCUGAGAAUAAUCUGUUCAAUUUUCAAAUGCAUUCUCAGAUGGCCAAAUAGCAACAAGGAGUAUCCAUCAAAGCGUAUAGUGGUCUGUAUUCAACGAUGGAGGAUUACGAAAGACGAUCAGAACCACCUCCACAGCCUACCUAUAUUUCCGAAGUUCUUGGAACUUUCUCACGAGUUUGAUGACGACAGUCAUCUCUACUAA